GUGAUUUCCCACCCGUCUUCACCAAAAGAAAGUGAAAGCCACGGGCUGGGACAGAUAAAUAGGCAGUGGAGAGCACAGCAACAGAUCGCAGCAAGCUGUGCAGAGCUCACCUCUCCUGCCCGGAGCACCACCGUCUGCAGCCCCUCCUCUGCCUGACUCAGUGACACAAUGCAGCGGAUGCAUCUUCUUUGCCUUAGUCUCCUGGUGCAGAGAUGUAUCCUGAAUGAAGUAAUACAGGGAUUCACUGCUGGGGCUUUGCAGCAGCCCUCUUGAAUGCUCUGCUGGUAACCCGUCCCAGAGAGACUCUGCACUGCCCAAAGUCCGCAAAGGAUCCUACACAGAAAACUGUGCUGGGAACAGUGGCGGAGCAUUCCUGCCCCCCUGUGCCCUAGCCCAGCCUGUGCACACUUGAUCUGCGUGCUUCCUUUCACCCCCGUGCUUCCUUUUUCCUUUGCCUAAGCAGUCCCUAGCACAACAGGGGAACACCCCUGGCACUUGGAGCACUGGUCUGGGGACAGGGGAGGGCUCUAGGCAUGCAGGGUUGCCCCCACCAAGCGGUCGUCUUCCUGCCCCACUCCACGGCCCCACUGUCCACGGAGCCCAGGAGCGACCUCAAUAACACGUAUGCUGUUCCUCCUCCAGUGUACGCUGGCAACAACGUCCUCGACUGCUGCCUGCGGACCAGCGAGAAGCCCAUCCCCCGGCGGAUAGUGCAGGACUACCGGAUGCAGCUGGUGCAGGAUGGCUGCGACAUCCCUGCCACCGUGUUCAUCACCGCGAGGGGAAAGCGGCUCUGUGCCCCACCCCAAGCUCCGUGGGUGCUGCACCUCCGAGAGAAGCUGGACGCUAGAUCUGCUGGGAAGGUCCCAAAUCAAGGCAAUUAAGCUAUGCAGAAACAUGUGCCCAGCCCGAGCACCCAGAGCAGCGCUGACUCCCAGCUGUGACUCUGAAGCUUGUGAAGCCAUGAAACCUACCCUGCUUGUAUGCCCUGCUGUUGUGCACAGGACCAGCCCUCCUUGGGACUGGUGUCAGUGUGCAGUGCUGGGCACAGCACUUCUGUUCUUUCUUCUCCUUUCUGCCACUGUUGUGACUGAGAAAUGUGCAUCUGCCCAAGCCAUGGGCUGCUUGACAGGAGUCUCGGCCUCAAGGGUUCUCAGCAUCACCCCUGCCACUACUGAGGCUGAGGAAUUGAUUUGAUCUGCAGAUGAGUUUGUUGGGAUCUCAGCCUUCCUGUGGUCUCAUUUCCAUCACUGGUCUGUUCCCUUAGGUUUCCAACAUCAGCCUCAAGCCUGAGCCCUUCUGUAUCCCUGGGAAGGGCUGCUCAGUAAAGACUGUACAGGGAUGAAUGGGAGAGAUGGGGAUGUCCAUUGCCACCAUGCUGAUUCCAUGUUGUUCUCAGGGAACUGGUGGUACAGUUUCUCUCUUGAGCCCUCACUCCCUUGCAGCUUUCUCUCAGUUCACUUUCCUGACAGGUGGAGUGGAGUCAGGGCUGGCAUCUGGAACAGGCAAAGGUGCACUGGGGGAGAUGUCCCAUCCUGGCACUGCUGGGUGCUGUGGAACAACUGGUGUCUACUUGGCCAUGGCUUGGCCUGCAGGAUGCGAGUGGUGAUGGGUAUCACUCAGGGUUAUUGCCAUCCUUCUCGGUCCCUAAGCCUGCCACCAUCAUCAAAGAUUGCUCUUGGCAAUGAUGCAGGAGCAGUAUUCACAACGUGUUCAGGUAUUUGCUGCUAGUUCUCUUCAGUGCAAUAAUUACAGCAUUUAGCUGCUUCCUUCCUUCCUUUCUUCUUAAAAAAAAAAAAAAAAAGCUGUGAUUUUGUUAAAUAAAAAGA